GGAUCGGAAUGCUAUAUGCCUAUGUCUUGGAUAUCUUUGUUUGUGUCUGAUGAGUCGGGUGUUGUUGUUGAUGAGAUUAAUUGGCGGGGAAUGGGGAUCCCUGCGGGGGUCCCCAUUCCCCGUGGGGAACGAGGAUGGGGGACAAAAUCUGCCCCCGUAAAAAAUCUCCGCGGGGAUUCCAUCCUCGUGAUUCGCGGGGACGGGGACGAGGACGGGGAUGGAGAGGGACUCUCCGAUCCCGCGGGACCCCAUUGACAUCCCUACUAUUCGGUGACCACGAUGGUACCUUUAUGCUGUUGUUUCAUUUUAUUUUGCCUGCUUUUUAGCUGCUGAGAUAAUGAUGAAAAAGAGAUGAGUGUUGAAUUUUGGUUAUUGAUGUUUUAACUUUUUUAGGUGCAUUAAAAAAUUUAAGCUCAUUUCUGAUGUUAGGUUCAAAAGUUAGGAUUUAGAUUCACUGUCUUUUCUUCAGUUUUAGGAAUCUAAGUAGAAGCUCUUUCAUAAUUAUGCGAAGCACGAGCUGGUU